AUGGACUGUCAUCUAGUACCGUGGCCCGGGGCACUGACGUCUUUCCUUCCCUCUCCCUUUGCUUUGGCUCUACCAAAUCCACCGACUCGCGAAGAACGCGAAUUACAGCGGCCCGCUACAGUGUCUCACCACCACCUCUGGAACUUUUUUUUCCUCAUCCUCACCUACUUCACCUACCUACCGUAG